GGCCAGGAUAUUAAAGUCAUAUUAAACCUAAUAGUGAUUGUACUUCUGUCCGCAAUAAUGCAUCGGUCGCAGUACACUGUAACUCUUACGGAAGCGAAAUGCUCAAACACAAACGGACCGAUGCGAUGGUUCUAAUAAAACACUAUCUACAGUUUUCGGCUUCACAUACUCUGGUAUAACGACUCGGAUACAUAGAGCCUUGGCAUCAUAACGAACAGAUGAAUUUGGAUGAUGUAAUUUCUAGGUUUUUUAAAACCUUGAAAUGGAGGCUAAAGAGCUGAUUGCUUCCUGCCAACGUCAAUAUUACUAAAAGUUUAUUAUUAAAAAUGUUAUCUACAAUAUCUUAAAAUAAAAAAGAUUUAUCACAUAUACCACCACAGACAAUCCACAAAAUAGGAAAUAAAAUUAAAUCUUCUCCAAGAAUUCGAUAUUUCGAUUUUCAAAUGUUGGUUGGAUCGUUAUCACUCGCACCUAUCACAGAUAAUGGUCUAGAUUUGCCCUCAAAUGUUGUCAAGUCUCAACUAGAUUCUGUACGUAGAGUGCAUAUUUUAUAAUUUAUAUUUAUAUCAAGAUUCAUACGUACAUACGUGCUGACGAUAAUGCAGCAACAACAUUAUCGUCCUUUCCGAAUAUCAUAUAUUAUAUUAGAAUGAAGUAAUCGUAAAUCUUCUUUAGACCUUGAGAAAUUCCGCGUCAAUUUUGUACCUACUGUUUUUUAAACGUCGAGGCUCUUCUCGUUGAAGUAAGACUCAGCGGAGGCUGCGCUACCAUGAGGGGAGGUGUACUAAGUAAGGGGGCGCCGGCGCGGCGGUCGCCGUGCGUGUGUUGUUUAGACGCCGCUGUGUGCGCACGAGCAUGUCUCGAGACGCGCUCGUGUCGUGCGCGCUGCUGUGCGCGGUGCUGUGCGCGCUGCUGCCCGCCCGGCACGGGGCUGCCGCGGCUGAUGUCGAAGGGGCCCCGUGUGUCCGCGACGGCUACAACGGCACGUGCGUGCUUAGCAAGCGCUGCGAGACGCUCAUCCUGGACUACAGGGAUAGAUCCUUCCCGCCGGUGUGCGGGCUGCGCGGCAAGGAGCCCAUCGUGUGCUGCACCGACUGUGAGCUCGUGGACAACAUCGAUAACAUAUACCUGACGAGGAGAUACAGCCGACUCGAAAAAACAAAUAAAAAAUCUUGGGACGCUUGUAUCGAUUACGUUCUGAACAUACCUGAGUAUUUUUGUACUAGUACCGUGACGUUUAAUAUUAACAAAGCUUGGGAUUCGGAGAAGAAAUGUCACAGAAUAAAUAUUACUUGGCAGUCACCUGUAGGCGGUGAAGACGCCGAAAGAGCGGAGUUCCCCUUCAUGGCGUUGCUGGGGUUCGGGGCGAGCGCGGAGGAGGCGCAGUGGCUGUGCGGCGGGUCGGUGCUCUCCGCGCGGUACAUCCUCACGGCGGCGCACUGCAUCUCCGAGCCACGCCUGGGACCCUUGAAGUACGCAGCUCUCGGUAUCCUGAAGCGCUCCGACCCUCCUGAGAUCUGGCAGCGGCACACCCUCGCCCAGGUCAUCCCGCACCCCGACUACGCCUCGCCCUCCAAGUACCACGACAUCGCGCUCCUCAAGACCGAGAAACAAAUAAUAUUCAACGUGAACGUAGUGCCCGCGUGUUUGUACUCCGGUGUGAACAGUAAGAGAAUUGACCCAACACGAGCCCUGGCACUGGGCUGGGGCUACUUGGGGCCGCGGCAACGCUUGGCCGAUGUUCUGCAGAAGGUCGAAGUGAGCGAGUUCACCACUGAGGAGUGCUUGACGCAAUAUCCUGAGCACCGCCACCUGCUCGACGGGUUCGACAACAGCACGCAGAUGUGCUACGGAGACCGCGACACACCGCACGACACUUGCCAGGGUGACAGCGGCGGUCCAUUGAUCCUGCACAAGAGCGAGGCGGGCUGCACCAGGGCUGUGCUCGGCGUGACGUCAUCAGGCGUGGCGUGUGGCGACGCGGGCGCCGGCCUCUACACGCGCGUCGAGCCCUACAAGCCCUGGAUUGAGAGCAUCGUCUGGCCUUGAGAACUUGUGACCUAAUAAAAAUAUUGCUUAGUAAUA